CCCGAACAGCUGUCGUGAAAUCAGCACAGGUUAAAAACAGGGCAUCCAGGAGAAAACUGCAUUGGCCCCGUUAUUAUUUUUAUUGUAUAGAAUAUAUAUAGUAUAGAAUUUUUUUUGUCAGACUGUUAAAAAAAACAGGCCUGUUGGGUUUUCUUCUUUUAGGGUUUGAUAAGUGCGUUUAAAAAUAUGCUUAAUGCCAGUUUUGAAAUGAUAGUGUAGCUCUUUAAUGUUAGUUAAAUAGAUAAGUAGUUAUAAAAAAAAUUCUGCCAGACAAUUGGUUAUCCUAUUAUUCUUAUUCUUAUUCAUGUUCUUAUUCUUAUUCUUAUGCUGUAGGCCUAUGGGAUCUAUGUUACGCUGUCUUCAAACUAUAGGUAGCUAAACAACGUUGCUAAGCAACCACGCAAACGCCUAACUGCUUAUUUUUCGUUAACACAUUUAUAAUUGGCCUGUCAGGCCUGAGAUUAGUGUCCAAUGUUAAAACCGGCUACAGUCAAUCAAUCAGAGCAGAAGGCCGGAGACACUGCGCUAUGUUUCAAUGCUGCUGCAAAGUGUCCAAAUUAGUCUAUUUUAUACGAAAUCAAUUUCCCUCCCUCGUGAUAGCCCAGUGUGUGUCAUUUAUGUAGCAAACAUGCGGUUGUGUGUGUGUGUGUGUGUGUGUGUGUGUGUGUUUUGUCUUCAGCUCCUGCACCGCUCACUGUGCGGUGGUCUGCUGUGCAGAGGCCUUAAGAUACAACAACUGUUCAUAAUCAUCAAGUUGUCUUUAACUGAUGAGACGAGGGAGGUCGCUCGUGUCUUUUUAGUUUUUGGAUGAAUCACCACGCACAGGAGUUGCAUAUACACUAUCGGUUUAUAGGGAGACUUGGACAAUGGUAUGCGCAAUGCAGUGGUUCAGAAUCUCCUAUAGUGGCCACAGUUUUUUUUUUUUUUUUAAACCCCCUCCGCUGUCACUGAUCCCAGUCCAGUAUCCAGUGGUUGGCUCCGGUUCCUCCUGACACACGUGAUUUCAGGGGAAAAAAAGGCCUCCUUCUUGCGUAAGACUUGAACAAAUGAGUAGCUAUAUAAAGACCUCGCCCACUUAAAAAAAAAAAAAAAAAAAAAACUUGAUCAUUGCUACUAUCGGUGACGCACGAAGGAACGUAUAGAGCCUAGAGCGUGCCGUGCGUAAAACCUGUCAAGUGGAAAAACUAUUUAUAGUUCAGACCAUUUUUAGCCCAAACUCUUUAGCCAUCAAUUUUACUUUUACAACUUACUACAAUUAUUUUUUGUACGGUAUGUCAUUGUAUGCCUAUGUAUGAUAUUAUUAAUAGCCUCAUAUUCGACACAUACCAACUUAAAUAACUAUAACUAACGGGUCAUUUGCGGUUUAUGUAGUUUCUGCAUUUUGCAGGCCCUCGUGUUGAUGCUGGAAAAGAACCAAGUUUUUCUAUAAGACCGGGGAUCUUGUGGACAGCUGAUGCCUCUUCCCCAGGAGUGGCUGCUGUAACUGUAAAUGUACCAGAGAAACGCAGCUCAGCACAGUGCAAAUGUUAUUUAGACCCACAUGCACGCUAAUGUAGCCUCUUAGCUCCUCUCCAGUAACAGCCUAAACGUGAAAAUCUUUAACCCAAACGAGCUGUGUGGCUUGGGCGUGUUGCAUCCGCGUGUAUGUGUGUGUAAGCAUCAUCCUACACAUCUCUAGAGACAAGUGUAUUAAUCAGCUUUGAAAGAGUCCGUCCAGCGCUCACGCAUGCACCGUGCGUAACCAGAACGUACAUGAUCCACGCACGCACACACGCGCCCCCGUCGUCUUGGCUUCGGUUGUCCCUUUAAAAAUCCGAAUCCAAGGCCAACGAUUUAUCAAACUCCUAUUAUCAAGAAAAUGUCACGCGAAGGGCACCUUGCUCUGCACUGACGCAAACUCCGGUCUUUCCCACGGAGCUAUAGAAAAGCUUUGCACUUGGUGCUUUGCGCAGCAACAGCCAGUCCGCUUCCAGUCCUCUCCUCGUCUUUUUACAGCUGUUUCAAGCCUGCCAGCAGAGCUCUGCAAAAAAUGGAUUUCUCUGACCAGAGAGACAUGGCCAAACAACCGGCCAGCGCCAGCGCACCUACCGGCUACAUCCCGGGGCAGCAGCCCGACGGAGCUGCGGGACUUACAGCAAACAAACCGGACAACACUGCUGCGUGCCCGCCGCCCGCCCCUCACCAUCACCCGGCGCCUCAGCCGCCGCCUCCAUGCAACGAGAGCAAAACUUUUUGUCCCACGGAAAAUAAACCCGGAGAACCGGACACCAAUAAAGCGUAUGGGACGUUUAAAAGCACCCCGCCGCCGGUCCCUGGAUCCGUGGCCGUCAACUCGGCCUUCAGGAAGGAUUCCGCCGGUUCGGCCCGCGGGGGGUCCGCCCAGUACGGCGACCCGCUGCGGGCCACCGCAGAGCAGAACAACACCGCGGGCAACUGGACGGCUAUGAGCCAGACCACCAUCAUACUGGGAACAGAUGGGAACACGUCUGUUCAGCCUGGCACCUUGGCGGGGGCUGACGAUGAUGACGAGGGGGGAGAUGAGAAUAAGGCCAGAGGAAACUGGUCCAAUAAACUGGAUUUUAUUCUGUCCAUGGUUGGCUAUGCGGUGGGACUGGGGAACGUGUGGAGGUUCCCUUAUCUUGCCUUCCAAAAUGGUGGAGGAGCUUUUCUGAUCCCCUACCUGACAAUGUUGGGCAUUGCCGGGAUCCCAAUCUUUUUGCUGGAGGUUUCCCUGGGCCAGUUUGCCAGCCAGGGCCCCGUGUCAGUGUGGAAAUGCAUCCCAGCUCUACAAGGUUGCGGGAUUGCCAUGUUGAUAAUAUCUGUCUUGAUAGCCAUAUACUAUAAUAUUAUUAUGUGCUGGACACUGUACUACCUGUUCGCUUCGUUGAAGGGCUCACUGCCAUGGGCUAACUGUAGGAAUGAGUGGAACACGGUGGAAUGUAAGGACAAAGACAUGCUGCUCUUAGACUCGUGCAUCCUGCGGGACAGAAACAUCACCUCCAUCAAGAACUCCACUUUCUGUCUGUCCGCAAACGCUGUGGGAAACCUGAGCAAACUGUUAAACAUGACUGUGGAUGGCAACAAGACCUACGUCAGCCCCAGUGAGGAGUACUUCAAGUACAAUGUGCUGCACAUCUCUAAAGGGAUUGAGUAUCCAGGAGACAUCCGCUGGCCUCUGGCAGGUUGUCUCUUCUUGGCCUGGCUUAUCGUCUACGCUUCUUUAGCUAAAGGAAUCAAGUCAUCAGGGAAGGUGGUUUAUUUCACAGCCACAUUUCCCUAUGUGGUGCUGAUCAUCCUCCUGAUCAGAGGAGUGACCCUCCCCGGUGCCGGCGACGGCAUCCUCUAUUUCAUCACACCAAAAUGGGAGAAACUCAAUGACGCCAAGGUGUGGAAAGAUGCAGCCACUCAGAUCUUCUUCUCUCUGUCGGCUGCUUGGGGAGGCCUCAUCACUCUCUCUUCUUACAAUAAGUUCCACAAUAACUGCUACAGGGACACUAUUAUUGUGACAUGUACAAACAGUGCCACCAGUAUAUUUGCUGGGUUUGUCAUCUUCUCAGUCAUUGGUUUUAUGGCGCAUGAGCUGAAGGUGCCCAUAGAGCAGGUUGCAGAUGAAGGUCCAGGCAUAGCGUUCGUGGUGUAUCCAGAGGCUCUGACCAGACUUCCCCUGUCUCCAUUCUGGGCGAUCAUCUUCUUCCUCAUGCUCCUGACCCUUGGCCUGGAUACCAUGUUUGCCACCAUUGAGACCAUCGUAACCUCUGUGUCAGACGAGUUCCCCAAAUACUUGAGGAAACACAAACCGCUCUUCACCCUGGUCUGCUGUGUCUCCUUCUUCAUCUUGGGAUUUCCCAUGAUCACAGAGAGUGGGAUGUACAUGCUGCAGCUGGUGGACACAUUCGCAGCCUCUUACUCUUUGGUCAUCAUUGCCAUCUUCGAGCUGGUGGGGAUCUCCUACCUCUAUGGCCUGCAGAGGUUUUGCGAGGACAUUGAAAUGAUGAUUGGUUUCCAGCCAAACCGAUUCUGGAGACUCUGCUGGGCCUUUGUGACUCCAACUAUUUUGACGGGCAUCCUGGGACUGAGUCUGUACCAGUGGAAGGUGAUGACCUACGAGGACUACACCUACCCCACCUGGUCCAUGGUUCUGGGCUGGCUCAUGGUAAUCUGCUCUGUCAUCUGGAUCCCCAUCAUGUUCGUCAUUAAGAUGCACCUCGCCCCCGGCACUAUAAUUGAGCGUCUGAAGCUGGUCUGCUCCCCUCAGCCCGACUGGGGUCCUUUCCUGAUGAAGCACCGCGGAGAACGCUACAAGAAUAUGAUUGACCCUCUGGGAACCAACUCCCUGGGCCUCAAACUGCCCCCAAAGGACUUCCAGCUUGGCUCCUACCAGUAGCAGCUGCCCCACCAGCGCUGCACCCACCACUUCCAACCCCUGCAGGGGACACCAGGAGGGGGGCUCUGUUUCCUCCUCUCUCUCUUCCUCUCUCACUUUCUCUUGUCUGUACUUCACCCUCUUUGCUUCCUGUUUUCCUCCCAGUAUUGUGGCUGCAGGAACAGGCUCCCUUUCCUCUUCUUUCUCUUCUUCCUCACCACUCCCUCUCUUCUCUUAGGGAGGAGUGGCUGCCCAGGUGGAGUCAACUCCUCUGCUGCUGCUUCGUACUCGAUUAAUGGGCUAUCAUUGCCUCCCACACAUGACCACUGAUUACUUCAGAGCCCUUCCCAGGGAUCUUUAUUCCAAGAGAAAAAUUGUGUCAUAAAAUGACACAGCUCAGACUGCACUUGCAAUAUUAGACUCACCAUAGCUGCUCCCUAUGGAGUUUUGUGUGUAUGUGUGUUUGUGUGUGUGUGUGUGUUCCAUCAUAUUUGUGUGUAGAGAUAAUGAAUCAUCUUGCUGAAAGCAGACACAGGAAAACAAAAAGAAAAUUGAGCGAAAGAGAAAUAACGGUUGAACGAGCUCGGCGGGGAUCUGUAUUUUGUUCCAUCUGUGCACAAAAUUCCAUAGGCAAUACAAAUAAUAUAAUAAUUAAAAAAAAAAAACACAGUAUGCACUGUUAUCACAUUUUGUUCCUAUCCAGCAGUAUAUAUAUGUAUAUUCACACUAGCUAUUGCUCAGUUGUUCUUGCUUUGUCAAAAAUAGAUUACAAGAUCUGCAAUUUGUGCCUCCUACGUCCCAGUAGAGUAGCGAAUGCAUCCUGAUUUCCACUUUCAGUAGAUACACUUUGGCCUUGGAUGACUCUGCAGUAUGAUAGAAGCUUGGGUCUAUUUUUCUUUCUCUGAACCUGAGGGACCAUUUGUGAUACCCUCUCUCUUUCUCUAUUUAGUAGGUCGUAUUCCCACUCUAUUAUCCUAGGAUAUAAAGUAGCACAUUCCUAACAUAGGAAAUCACUAGAGUAGCCUAUCCUUCCUUUAGUAGAUGACAAUGUGGCCAUUUAACCUUUUAAGUCUUGGAAUCCUGACCUGAUAGUCACCCUGUGAAUAUAUUUUAGAUGGUAUAUUUAUUGCUGUAUGUGUUGUGAACUUGUCAAGCCAUCUGUGUAAACCAUUUUUAUGAUGUACAUCACAUCAGUAGAGUAGCACUAUAAAAUAUACAAUACAUGUGUGUAUACACAUAUAUAAAUGUAUAUGUAUUUAUGUAUACACACAAUAAUAUAUGUAUUUCCUUUGCCUCCAGCAGAGGGGAGAGCUAGCAAGACAGGUACUGAGAGAGUGUAUGUAUGUGUGUUCAAUGUCUCUCUAAAUCCUAUGUUUCUCCUGUUAGCUGUGUAAUAUCUUGUACAAAGUGUACACCUCUCAAAAAAGCUAUCUUCAAGUAGUAAGUGUGUGUGUUGUUGCGUUCUCACAAUAUUAGGAGAGCAGCUGCUAGGUAUGAGUAGAUGAAGAUUAGACUAGAAAAUGGCCGCCUCCUUUCCUGGAAGUGUACUUUGUCUCUUGUUGUUUGUGGUAGAGCUCCGGAGACCUCUUUGCCAUUUCAGACUUAUGCCUCUUGCUUCCUCUGUGCGUCCUCAUGAAAACAGGGUCUCAGGUAUACUUGAUUCCAUCAGACUACUCUGGUAGUUGUAGGAAUAGUAGCAUUCAGUGCAUAGCAAACAGAGAGUAGAGCCAUCCUAAUGCUAAAUUAUAAUGAAAGCAGUAUGGAAGUGUGUUGCAAAAGAUCAGAAUCAAAAUACUACUUCCUGAUGACCUCAAUGCACCAUCACUUUGCUUUGUGCUCACUGUUGCUUAAACACUCCUUGUGACUAUUAACCUGGACGUAAGAGUGACUUAAUCUCUUUUGACCAACUGUGCACAAUGCCAAAUCAAGUAUUUUGCUUUUCAUUGUUCUUAUAACAUAGUUAGAUGGAAAACAAUAAUUUGUUAGGAUUAACUGAAAAAAAUAAAUACAUAAAUGGAAUGCCUUGUAAUCAGCUAGAAAUUUAAUUGGCUUUUUAGACAGUUUCUUGACCGUCAAUACACUGAUGAGUUAUAUUUGCAUAUGCAGAAAAUUGAAGGCCAUUUACUGUUCUCCUUGCUCGCACUGUGAUCCUUGAGAAUCAGUCAAAUUACUAUAAUUUAAAACAUAUUUCCCUUUAAGUCAUGCUGUUAAGACAUCAUCAGCAAAUGAGCUGCUGUAAGUGUGCUUCUUGGGCAGGCAUAAAAAAGUAAUGUCCCGAUGUAACACCACAGUAGCCUGAAGGGACUGUCCGGUGCAGCUCUGCAGGCGGUCUGACUGGCUUUGCAGCCUUUUUAAAUGUGACAUGACAGGCAGCCGGCCUUUACUUUGCAGGCUGCCAACCAAUCACCGUCAAAAGUAACACCAUGUUUCCAUUCAGAGGCUAUUAGUCCUCUCCAAGCUUUGGCCUGUUGGAUAUGAAUGUUCAAGAUGACAUAAAGUUCUGAUUGGCUUAUAUGCUUUUAGCACUGCAGGCGUUUACUUGUGGAGUGGCUUAAGUGUUUUUAAUGGAGGCUGCAGGUAUGGGUGCAAUAACAUUUGCUCAGUGUUUAAGGGUCUCCUUAACUAUUUCUCUAAGCCAUGUCUUUUCAUAAUCUUGACACGAAAGUAGCACAGAUAAAAUUUUAGAGGCUGUAUGGUUUGAAAACAAAACAUAAUCAAUUAAUGAGCACAAAUGCCCUGUUAUUAAAUAGCUUGCUUGCUCCACAGUGUUGCUUUUGUUAAGACUUAGUGCAUUUAGCUCUAUUUGUUCAAAUGUGAUAAUAAUGUAUGUCUGUGUGUGCUUGUGUGUGUGCUGUCUCUGUAUUAGUUUUACUGAACUCCACAUAACUGUCAAUCAGAUGUUUGCAUGGCUGGUCACAGAGUAGAUUGCUGAAAGAAGCAGAGGAGAUUUUACAGGACUUUUUUUUUUCCAGGAUGCCUUGGCCUGAUCCUCCUCUUUAUCCUUUCUGAUGGACAUGGGGAUCUUAGACCAACAUUUGUGAACUUGAGCUGUGUAAAACAAACUUUUAUCACUAUUAAGCUCCAAAAAAUUCAAUCCCAUGGCGACCCACUCAAUGGGGAGCAGUGUUGGCCAAAGG